GUUUUUGUUAAAAUGAACGAUAUAGCACACACUGGAAAAUCGUAGGCCUCUGCUUAAGAUAUUCAUUCAAAGAUAGAGAGUCAAUUCUUAUAGCGGUAUGCACAUUAUUUGAUUGGGGAUGAAUUUGAUUCCUUUCUGACUUCCUCAUUUGUUCAUAUGCUACAUAUAUUGGAUUCAAAAAAAGUGAGUUGUGAACAAUUGAUUAAUUACAAGACACAACAAAUCAAUGUAAUUUGCUCUAGUUUAAACGUAGAAUCAAAACACGGAGAGUCAAGUAUUUUUUGCAUUGAGAAAUUUCACUUUUAAUUCAUUUUCUUUGAUGUUUGACCAGAAAUUAGAAAACACUAACGUUUAUACUAAGGAGGAAUACUUUCGAUCAAUUAGAACCACGUAUAAUUCAAAUAAUAGAGUAGACAAGACUAAGCCAAUCGAAGACAUCAAUUUGUGCAUAAUCCAUCUAAUUCUUUUAAUUAAGAGAAGUAAGAUUAGAAUCAGCACAACUUCUACGAGUUAUAUUCCAAUAAACUAGCGAAGGACCAAGGAGACAUACUUUAGGGAGAAAUAGUGAUAUUCGAGACCAGAAUUAAAUAUCCAGCUACCAAGGCCAAACAACUGUGUUACGAGAUCAAACAGAAAAUUGACAACCUAUUCAGAUCAACUGUAAACUAAACAUUAAUUUGAAGACUAGGUAACAUCAGAUUAUUAGAUCAGAAUAUAUACCAUAUUUGGAAGAGUACAAAUAUCCCACAAUUGUGUUAAUAAUAUUAUAUAAUGGAGACGUGAAUAUUGAUUUCUCUAAACUUCUCCAGAUGAACUAAAUAACCAUCAAUAGAAAACAAUUUGCCUUGAAAGUUAAAGUGUACUUCAUCAGUAAACUCUCCUUGUUUAGCCACUUUAGAGAGGUGAACAAUCAAUAGAAGACUGAGUGCAUUACAGACAAGGUAAAUAGUGAUACACAUUAAGGUUGUUACAUUCUAUGACAUGAACAGAGUGAGACAGAGGAGAUAAAAAGUGCUAAAGGAAAUUGAAAUAAUCAAGAAAUAAGCCUAAGUGGUAACUAUACAUGAUAAUUUGAUAAGAAUCAGAACAAAAAGAAAAAAGAGUAGUAUUGGAAGUUGAGCAUUACAACUGGGUUGUGUGUUGUAGCUGCAAUCUACUUAUUGAGUAAAAAAUAAAUAAAUCUCAAAAAGUUUGUCUAAGUUACUUCCAAAAUAGUUUGAUUGUUUUUUUUUAUAUAUAUUUUAUAUAUAUAAAUUAGUUAAAAAAUAAGUACAUGCAGAGGUACAUCCAUCAUUAGAAUUAGCAGUAUAAUAGAUCAAUAUUUCUUUAGAGCUUAUUAAAUCCAUUAGAGGAGGCUAAGUGACAUAAAAUCAAGGAAGAGUUCCCUUCCAAAAUUGGAUAAAACAUUUGAUGCUUACAAGCAAAACAGAUAUAUAGCUGCCAGGAAAUAGGAGAUCAAUCGAUGGGAAGGGAUCAUGUAAUAGAACAAAAAACUACUUCAUAAAUUAAAUAAUGUGGAGUCUACUUUCCAAAAAUCUGUAAAAAUAACAACAAAUAUAUUUGUAUUCAAGGCAAUCAAUUCGGAGUGUAAGUUCUUGUAACUCUAAAAGAUCAAUUGAAAUCAAGGAAAAUAGAAAGAAAGAAAAUGCUAGGAUGCAUAUAAAAUUAUAAUAAAUGUAAUUUAUGUGUAGUAAGAAAGAACAUCUACUUUUAAUAAGUCGAGUAGCAAAACGAGCCCGCGGACAGCAAAAACCCUGCCUAAAUAUCUAAAUAACUAGGAGAAGAGUUUGAACGUUAAGCCGAUUUAGAAUUUCAAAUUAUAAAAUUAGGGUUACUAGAGACAAAAGAGUUUGCAGCAGCAACCACAAAAGGAAGAAACAAAAGUCAAGAAUAUCAUUUAACAAUACCAACAAGUUUUGGAUAAAAUACUGCCUCUUAUAAAAUAAGAAAAAUUGAAUAAAUGA